GUUGAAAUUUCCCCAUAUGGGAACGGAACGGCUUCACCAUCAACCAACCCAACCAAUAUUUUCCCCUUUCUUUCCUUUGAUUUCAAGGUUCGUAUCGUACCCACAAUUCAUUCCAAACCGCGUGGUAGCCAAAAGCUGAAAAGGGAGAAUUCAUUGCUCAACUAGACUUCUUUCUCACUCUGUUCCUCUGUUUCUUUCUUUCUCUCUCUAGCUGACUCAUUCUUACGUUCUCGCCUCUCGGCUGCAAUCCCAUGAGUUCACUCCAGAGACAUUUUCUGGUACCCACUAAAACGUUAUUUCACCCUCUCUGGUUUCCUUUCCAACCAUGACUGCGCACGUGGCCGGUCUUCGUUCGUCUCUCUCUUUCUAUCUUGACAUUGAAAUCAAAGUUUCAAACGUUCCCCAAAGUUUCAACUAUCCCGCAUUGUAUGAGAGAAAUGACUUUUCGGGGUCCUUGCCUAUAAAAAGGACGGCUUCGGGUUUCUCUUCUUUCAUUCUCAGCUUCACCAAGCACGACUCUUUUCACUCUCUCAUUGUUUUUUUACCGUAAAGCUUUGAUCUUUGGUGGAUUUGCAGAGAAGGGUCGUUCAGGGUGUUGGUAGAGAGAGGAAGAGUCGUUGGGGUUUGAUUACUGAGAGGAAAAUGGCGAAUGUUGUGAAUGACGGCGGUGAUUCGACGGAGAAGAUCGUCAAUGGCGCCGUCGGCGGUGGUGGUGGUGUUGAGGACGUGUAUGGUGAGGAUUUCGCCACGGAGGAGCAGUUCCUAACCCCUUGGGCUGUCUCCAUUGCUAGUGGUUAUAAUUUGAUGAGGGAUCCAAGGCACAACAAAGGGACAGCAUUCACAGAGAAAGAGAGGGAUGCUCAUUACCUGAGAGGUCUUCUUCCCCCAGCCAUAUUCACUCAGGAACUUCAGGAAAAAAGGUUGAUGCACAACCUUCGUCAGUUCGAAGUUCCUCUCCAGAGAUACAUGGCCAUGAUGGAUCUUCAGGAGAGGAAUGAAAGGUUGUUCUACAAGCUUCUGAUUGAUAAUGUGGAAGAGCUUCUGCCAGUUGUGUAUACUCCCACUGUUGGGGAGGCUUGCCAGAAGUAUGGCAGCAUUUUCAGGCGUCCCCAGGGGCUUUAUAUCAGCUUGAAAGAGAAGGGAAAGAUUCUUGAAGUACUUAAGAACUGGCCAGAGAGGAACAUUCAAGUCAUUGUUGUUACUGACGGUGAGCGGAUUCUUGGGCUUGGGGACCUUGGCUGCCAGGGAAUGGGAAUUCCCGUUGGGAAGCUUUCUCUGUAUACAGCACUGGGAGGAAUCCGUCCAUCAGCAUGCCUGCCAAUCACAAUUGAUGUUGGUACGAACAAUGAGAAGCUGUUGAAUGAUGAGUUCUACAUUGGUCUUAAACAAAGGAGGGCAACAGGACAGGAAUAUGCUGAACUUCUGGAAGAGUUCAUGACUGCAGUUAAGCAAAAUUACGGGGAGAAAGUCUUGGUACAGUUUGAAGACUUUGCAAAUCACAAUGCAUUCGACCUUCUAGAGAAGUACACUCGGAGCCAUCUUGUUUUCAAUGAUGAUAUUCAGGGCACGGCAUCUGUAGUUCUGGCAGGGCUAAUUGCGGCUCUCAAGUUGGUUGGUGGAACCUUAGCAGACCAUAAGUUCCUCUUCCUGGGAGCUGGCGAGGCUGGUACUGGCAUAGCUGAGCUUAUAGCACUGGAAAUUUCCAAGCAGACGAAAGCUCCGGUAGAAGAGACCCGUAAGAAGAUUUGGCUUGUGGAUUCAAAGGGGCUCAUUGUUAGUUCUCGCAAGGAGUCCCUUCAGCAUUUUAAGAAGCCCUGGGCUCAUGACCAUGAACCUGUGAAGAACCUCCUAGAUGCUGUUAAGGCAAUCAAGCCAACAGUUUUGAUAGGAUCAUCUGGAGCUGGUAGAACAUUCACUAAGGAGGUGGUUGAGGCAAUGGCCUCCUUCAAUGAGAAACCACUGAUCCUGGCCCUCUCAAAUCCAACGUCUCAGUCGGAAUGUACAGCCGAGGAAGCAUACACAUGGAGCCAGGGUCGUGCCAUCUUUGCUAGUGGAAGUCCAUUCGACCCGGUUGAGUACAAUGGCACACUGAUGGUGCCAGGACAGGCAAACAAUGCAUACAUAUUCCCCGGGUUUGGUCUCGGGCUGAUCAUGUCUGGGGCGAUCCGUGUCCACGAUGACUUGCUCUUAGCAGCCUCGGAAGCUUUGGCAGUGCAGGUAGAAGAUGAGCAUUUCAAGAAGGGACUGAUAUACCCACCAUUUACCAACAUAAGGAAGAUAUCAGCAAAUAUUGCUGCAAAGGUUGCUGAUAAGGCUUAUCAGCUAGGUCUGGCCUCCCGCCUGCCCAGGCCAAAGGAUCUGGUGAAGCACGCUGAGAGCUGCAUGUACAGCCCUCUCUACAGGACUUAUCGUUGAAGCCUGUACUGGAAUGGAUAUUGAAAUUUUCUAGGGCAUAUAACUCUAUUAUUAUUAUGAAGUAUUCAACAAUGUCGAUUGUUUAAGUUCCUAAUCAUGCCUUGAUUCACCUUAUUUGUUCUCCCAAAAGUUUGUUCUUUCGUACGUGACACUUUUGGUAUCUUGCUUGUUAGUGAAGUAAGACCCCCUCCCUACCUUAGGUCUUCUAAGUAAUGUAGAGGCCAAGCGCUCUUGUUUCCAGAUUCUGACCUAUUUCUAAUUUGUCCUACGUUCAUCAAAUCAAAAAUAAAAUUUUGAUUAUUGGGAGUGGUAUGAAUUGAACAUAAUGGGUUUCUAUGAAAGACU